ACACAGUUGGGCUGCUAGCGCGCAUCGGGUCGCAGUCGCUGCGGGCGCUUUCGUGUAUUGAGAGCGCGUUACAGGUUUGUGCUCUAACAGAUAACGAGGUUCCUGUUCCUUGUGGAAAGAAGAAGGGUUGUGCGUUUGUGCGAGAUUUUUUUUGUCCGCUGUCUCGAUGUUGGCGUGAGAAAGUGAAUCAUAUUUUUCUUUUGGGACCAACGUUAUGGAUUUCGUCUCGAAGAAGCAAUUCGUAAAUGCCAUACAAGUGUUCCCCGAAGCAAGUGACCAGAGAACGGUGGCAUCUUAAAGCAUCACGACCCAUGCGAGCGACCGGAUGUGGCGGUUCUGCCGACGUAUCGCUCGCGGAUGCCAUGCGGGUCUCGUCUUGGCUACGGUGCUCAUGGCGGCCACGUGGCUUUUCCUUCUACAUCAAUCCUGGAAGCAAGUCUCUUUCGUGAAGCAUCCAGACGGGAUUCCCAACGGUCCUCUAGCGAGCGGGGAAGACAAGGAUAGAUCCUCGCGACGUAGCACUAGCGGCUCUCCCACCACAAGCGCGCCUCCAUUUUUAACUCCAGCCUUCGUCAUGGACUCUUUUCCAUCGGCCGUGGCCGUCGAAGACUGGCAAUCUUCCGCAAUGUAUUCGUCCACAAAACUACGGCUAUUCAUCUAUUCCGCGUACGUGGACACUCGCGUCCGGGGUGCCUCCGUCCGCGUCAUCGGUGUGUACGGUUCUCUGACGCGGGAACCCAUAUCCUGUCGGCUCGAGUAUGAAGAUGGUUCGUGGCGAGUCGUGCCUGCCGAGAAGAGUACAGUGAACGAACACUGGAAGCUCAAGUACGCCGCUGUGUUUUUUGUAUGCCCGUAUCCUCCAGGUCUGUCGCCUCCUGCGUACGUAAGGCUUAAGGAAACUCGCGACCACCACUGGACACCUCCCGUACCAGUCCGUCCCAGCGGCACACUGAAGGGUCAUCCGGUGGGCCGCAUCGCGGCUUGCAUCAAGCCUUUGCACUACAACUACCAUAGAGCUACGUGGCUGGUGGAGUUCAUCGAGUUUCACAGACAUAUAGGGAUUGAACACUUCUUUUUUUAUAACCACUCGACGGCUGCCGACGUGGAUAAGGUGCUGACGGCGUACCAGAACGACAAGGUAGCGACAGUGCUCCCAUGGACGUUGGCCGUGCGGUCCCAAAAAGAGAUCCGCACAGAAGGGUUAUUUGCAGCGUUAAACGAUUGCAUGUACAGGACGAUGCAUCACUUUGACUAUAUGGCUACGUUAGAUUUGGAUGAAUUUUUCGUGCUGCGUAGGGACGAUAACCUAAAUGACUUGAUAGCCAGGGUGAAGGGCAAUACCGUGUUGUCGUCGUUUGUGUUCAGAAAUGUAUUCUUCUACUUAUACUGGCCGAACGAUACGACGGCCUAUGGUGCUCCACCAGAGACUGAACCGCAGAAUAUUCCCUAUUUGCUGACGCAGUACAAGACGAGGAGGUCCACGACAGUGUUUCGCGUUGGUUCCAGGUCGAAGUACAUCGUGGCGCCAACAACUGCUGUCGAGGCCGGAAAUCAUAUUGUUUGGAAAUUUGCAGCUGUCCCUCUCUCCCACUCUCCUUCCUCAAACGCAUCAGAUAUCAAUCGUUUGAAACCAUCCCGUACAUUCUUUGCACGGCGCUCUAAAGUCAGGCACGGCAACAAAGGUAUAUCCCCCGACGAUGCUCUGCUCCACCACUACCGGAUCUGCGAGUACGGUGGCUACGACUGCCUCAAGCGUCCUUCCGUAGUUGACCGUACGGCUCUCCGAUUCAAUGCUUCGCUCCUGUCAAGGGUGACGGAUGUCUGCCGCAAAGCCUUUCCUGAGACUCAACGAUGUCCACAAGCUCCGCCUCUGGGAAGCCCGUGGUGAUUGGACUUCUAAUUCCAUUAUCAAGAAGCGUGUCAUGUUUGUUUGUGGAAGGCACCGAGCGAUUCGACAGAGGCAGAAAACUGGCUACACAACUUUGGACCUGGAGAGAUCCUAUCAGAGGGGCUCUAUUUACUGUCAGGCCGGUGUGUUUAUACUGAUCGUGCAUCGGCUGUGAUACACCGCCUUUACAUAAACUUAGGUACAUACAGUUGGAACGAAAGGUGCUGGUGAAAGACGAGGAGUGUGAAGGUGACUUUACUAUAUGUUACCGGCGGAUUAUUACGUUUUAUAUCGUACAACGCAAUGUGAUUCUGCUAACAACCAGUGUUUACAAACCAAAGAUGGCAAUAAUUCCUGGGAAACCACCUCGGGAGCAUAUUGGGUAGCACACACUGAGAAGUACGAACUACAAUAUCAUCUAGUCAAAGAAAUAAAAAUAAUGUUGGUUUGA